AUUCUUCUGCCACCCUCUUGUCUGUCUCCAUAUCAAUCGUUGUCCUCUCUUUCUCACUCCUAUCUUCUACAACAAACAAGCGAGGGUGGCAUCUCCCUCUCUCUCUCUCUCUCUGGUUGCAAUGGGAGGAGGAAACAACGGUUCGCCUUCUUCAUCCAUCGACAGCAGCAGCCACCCUGCUCUCUCCACUGCAUCUUCUCUCUCUCAGCCAAGGAGAGACUUGAGCACAGAUCUAAGGCUAGGACUUAGCCUGUCAGCCUCCUCUCUGCAGGAUAGUUCUUCCAGUGCAAGGGACCAACUAUCUGAUUGGCCACCGAUCAAACCGCUUCUUAGGAGCACACUGGCAGAAAAAGGACAUCAGAUUCAGAGGCAAUCAGCUACAUUCUUUGUCAAGGUUUACAUGGAGGGGAUUCCAAUUGGCAGGAAAUUGGAUCUGUUCGCACUUGAUGGCUAUGAUGGCCUAAUAAAGACACUUCGCCGCAUGUUUAGGACCUCCAUUAUGCGCCCUGAUAUUGCCCAAGUGCCUACCAGUAAGGAUCAUGUGCUGACCUAUGAAGACAAGGAAGGAGACUGGAUGAUGGUGGGGGAUGUCCCAUGGGAGAUGUUCUUGACCACUGUCAAGAGACUGAAGAUCACAAGAGCUGAUAAAUGUUAGCAUCCGCCACCGACUCCAUUUUUGUCUUGGAGGUUAGUUUUAACAGCAACAGGGAACACAAAAGGGAAUAGUAGUCUGGUUUAAGAUGUACAGCCAUAUAGAAAUGAGAUAUCUUGAGCUUUUUUGUGUUGUUUCAUUUGCCAUGCUCCAUGUAAGCUAUGUUCGAAAACUUUGUCGCAACGAAGACCCAUUACACUGAAUGGGGGCUAAAGAGAUGUAUAAAGCUAGAAAAUAUUUUUAAGGUGGAAGUGCUUUGUUCCUUCCUCUCGCCUUUUUCUGUCGUGUGCUUUUGUUUUAA